AGCUUUAACCCUGUGUGUAGCAGACACAGACACAGACACACACAGACAUGGACAUAACCGCAGUAAACUCCCUCCACUAUGAAGAUUUUGUUAGUGUUUUUGGGAAUGUGGUGGAGAAAUGUCCUAUUGUCGCAGCUGCAGUGUGUUCACAGCGUCCUUUCAACAGUUUGAACAGUCUGGAGGCUGCGAUUAGCGAGUUUAUUGAUGCUCUACCACAAUCCGGUAAAGAAGGAAUCCUCAGGUGUCACCCAGACCUCGCUGGCAGGGACCUCCAGAGAGGAACCCUGACCAAGGAGUCCAACGAGGAGCAGGCCAGAGCCGGUCUGGACGCACUGGAGUCCACAGAAGCCUCACGCAUGGCUCAGCUCAACCAGCAGUACAAGACAAAGUUUGGGUUUCCUUUUGUCAUCUGUGCUCGCAUGAACGACAAAGACAGGAUUUUACAGCAGCUUUCUGAGCGCUGUGGGAAUGAGGUGGAGCUGGAGAGGGAGCGCGGCAUAGAGGAGGUGAAGAAGAUCUGCAGCCUACGUCUCCACGGCCUGGUGAACACUGAAGCUCGGAACAAGUUAUAAUUAUUGACUAAUGUGAACUACAACCUUAAUAAACAAAAAUUAUACACAGUA